CUCAUCUGCGACGUCUCUUCUAGACAUGAGGCCCAGAAAGGAGAGGGGUGGGAAAACGAGAAGGCCCUCUUCAUCUCCCACCAGAGACCGUCCUCUCGGAUUCGGUCCCACUCCAUCUGGGUCCCACCCAUCAAGGUUCCCUUCUCCUGCGACCUCUCUUCUAGACCGUGAAUUCGCGACAGAAGAGGACGUCACUCGAUUGGAGGACCUUGGAUUCCCCCCAGAAUACUACUACAAGAACGGCGACAGCAGCAAUUCAAACCCUAGAAGCUUCCCUCACAGCGUGAAGCAGCAGUGCUGGGACAAGGCCGAGAAGAUCAAAGGGCGGGACCCCGACCGAUGGAGGCGCGACGCACUCGGCAACACCGUCUUCCGUAAGCUUGUCGGCUGCCCCGGCUGCCUAUGUCACGAUUACGAUCACAUCAUCCCCUUCUCCAAGGGAGGAAAGAGCUCUCUGGAGAAUUGCCAGGUUUUACAGGCUACAGUUAAUCGAUCAAAGGGGAACCGGAUGGAGAUAUCCAAAGCUGAUCUCAUACAGAAGAGCGCGUACUGUCGAGUUUCAGUUGUGCCAUGAGAUACUGCAGGGAGGGACAUGGAUCUCCUUGAACUCUCAGCAUAUGGAAAUGUUCGCCGUGGGCAGGACACAGGCGGUUGUAGGAUUCAGUGAUGAAGGAAGAAAGUUCUAACAGCAUUAAUAUUGGUUUAGAUAACAGCAAGAAACUAUACCUGUAUUCCGUCGGCCAAGACGAUGAGCUCACUUCCAUUCACAGAAUUUGUCUAUGGGUGUUCUCCUUGCCUGCUAUUCUCUAUAUUAAAUUACAUAUGCAAUUCAAAGGCCUGUUGUUUA